CUCCAUUACUCUGUCUACGAAAUUUUCCUCCCUUGACAUCGGCAGGACAGCCAUCCCCUGCAUCCAUGCAUGUGCGACCCUGGAGUUACCCCGGCCCACGCCAACCCCGCACGCCGGCAUAUUUCAAGACGGCUCGCUCGCUCUUGCAACUCUGGCCAACAACCAACGUCCCACCUCACUCUUCUUUAGCACAUGGCAGCAGUAAGUCACCCUACCCCCUCGUCGCUUUCUCCUCACCACGCCUGCUCCUUAUGAUUACGCGAAGUGUCUCGAACGCUUCAUCAUGGUUUGCCAAACAGUCUCCCAUGCUUGAACCUUCAACCCUAUGACAACAGGACCGCUCUUCCUCCCCAUCGCGAAUCCCUUCUCACGGUGUCCAAGAAACUAAAACCCAAACAAGCAGAUCCGCGGCGGCCCGAGGCCGGAGGCCAUGCCAACUAGAUAGCAACAAACUGCCGCAACACGAGCGGCCGUUUCGAU